AUGGCAGAGCCGGGGUUGGACAUCGCCACAUCUCCGCAGUCUGACAGGGAGACGCCGCACUCUUCGCUGCCGGAGAAGGAGAUCGAGAGUCCUGAGCUGGCUGAGAGCCUGGCAAAGGUCGACAGAGUGCUGCAGUCGGAUAUCGGGGUCUCUACUCUGCUGACUCGCCUGAAGCAGAGUAUUUCUUCUGCCAGAGACUUCGCUACCUUCCUCCGCAAACGCUCUAUUCUCGAAGAUGAACAUGCCCAGGGUCUCAAGAAGCUCGCGCGCGCAAUGCACGAGUCGUCGAUGCGCCCGGAUAAUCGCCAGGGAAGCUUUGCCCGCAGCUACAACGAGAUGAACGCGAUCCACGACCGGGUCGCCGACCAUGGAGUCCAUUUCUCCCAAUCCCUGCUGCAGAUGGCGGAGGAACUAAACGAUCUGGCCGCGGGCAUGGAACGGGGUCGUAAACAGUGGAAGCAGAACGGAUUGACCGCCGAGAAGAGGGUGCAGGAUGCAGAAUCGCUGGCGGAAAAGGCAAAGGCCAAGUACGAUACUCUUGCCGAACAGUAUGAUCGUGCGCGAACGGGGGAGCGGGCAACGGGGAAGUUCGGCCUCAAGGGACCCAAAUCAGCUGCACAGCAGGAGGAGGAUCUGUUGCGCAAGCUUCAGCAGGCGGAUUCGGAUUAUUCUACAAAGGUGCAGUCUGCGCAGACACAGAGACAGGAACUCGUUGCCACUCUUAGGCCACAGGCUGUGCGGUCGCUGCAGGAUUUGAUCAUGGAGUGUGAUUCUGGCUGUACGCUCCAACUGCAGAAGCUCGCGUCGUUUAACGAGAAGCUACUGCUCGGGAGCGGUUUAGCCGUUAGUCCCAUGAAGACCGGGAAUGCCACCCCAGACAGUCUACGUGAAGCUGCCAGGCGAAUCGAUAAUGAGCGAGACUUUAGAGACUUUGUUAUCAGCCAGGCUGGGAAAGUCCCUGACACAAAGCCAACGCCGAAAUACGAAAGACAUGCUACUCUAAUGCCGGCUUCGAAUCCCAGCGCUCAUCCAAAGAGACAAUCCCUCAGCCUAAACGCCCACCCGACUCCCCCUCCUCAACCCGCUGCUCAAGUAUUCAAUACUAUGUCUCCAGUAUCCCGGGACCAAACGCCAGGACAGGGCUCGCCACUAUCAUUGCAGCAACGGCGCGAGUCAUGGGCUUCCCAGCCGCCAUUCCCUACCUCAACGCCGCAGUAUAACAAUCCAACUUCCAUGCAGCCUACAUAUCCGCAGCAACACUCAUAUCAACAACCGCAUCAGCUUGCACAACAUGCUCAGCCCCGACCAUCGAUAAGUGAUAUGCAGACCAAUGCGCAUCCAGAUUUACCUCCGCUUAAUCCCGUCUUUGGCGUGACUCUGGAAGAUCUGUUUAAGAGAGACGGCACAGCCAUUCCCAUGGUAGUGUAUCAGUGUAUUCAGGCCGUGGAGCUGUUCGGUUUGAAUGUCGAGGGUAUCUAUAGGCUUUCCGGAAAUGCUAAUCAUAUUACACAUAUGAAGAGCAUGUUCGAUAAUGAUUCAACGCAAGUGGACUUUACGAACCCGGAAAACUUCUACCACGACGUCAAUAGCGUUGCUGGCCUUUUGAAGCUGUUCUUCAGAGAUCUGCCUGAUCCGUUGUUCACGAAUGAGCGAUACUCUGCUUUCAUCGAGGCAGCCCGCAAGGAUGACGAUACCCAUCGCCGUGAUGCGCUGCAUGCGCUGAUUAACAGUCUUCCUGACCCAAAUUACGCAACCCUUCGGGCACUGAUUCUGCAUCUUAACCAUGUUCAAGAACGGAGCUCUGAAAAUAGAAUGAAUGCCGGAAAUAUUGCAAUCAGCUUUGGCCUCACCCUCAUGGGCUCCAAUGCGGGCCGUAGCAUUGCAGAUUCAGGAUGGCAAGCUCGAGUGAUUGAAACAAUUCUGCAAAAUACUUUCCAGAUCUUUGACGACGACUGA